AUGAUUUACUACAUAUGCCUUCUGCUGGCUGCCACGGUUGUGCAAGUUGUUUUUGCGCAAUGUGACGGACCAUCAGUCACCAUCAGUACUGCCGAUGAUGCUACAGGAAUCUCAAAUUGCGGGACCUUCAAUGGCGACAUCAUUAUCGCCGAUAGUAUUUCUGGACCUCUCGCGCUGACGGGGAUCUCACAUCUCAAAGGUGAUCUCACGUGCAACAACGCCACAAAGUUGACCGAAAUCUCGUUUCAUCAACUCGUUACAAUCAGCGGGAGCUUUACGCUGACCGGACUAACUACUCUUUCUAACCUGAAGUUUGACUCCUUGAUGGAAGUCGGCGAUAUAAUAUGGAACGAUCUGCCGGCUCUUCAAACCAUGGAUUUUACGACUGGAAUUGUGACGGCAGACCGAGUGUCCAUCUCAAACACUAAACUAAGAUCUCUUUCCGACCUCAAAUUCACCUCGUGCAAUGCCAUCGAGAUUUUUAAUAACCCUGAAUUGGCAACAGUCAGCUUCAACGAUCUCACAAAUACGACUGACACGAUAUCUAUUUCGGACAACAGCCCCAGCCUCGAGGUCGAAUUCCAAAAACUUGCCAGUUCGCGCGGCCUCACUCUGCAGAAUGCAAAUGCAUUGAAUGUGCCAUUGCUAGACACCCUCGUUGGAAACUUGAACCUUUCGUACAACAGCUUUCGCAGCUUCUCGGCACCCAGCUUAACUCUAGUGGUGGAUGUUUUCAUCACAAGCAACCCUCUCCUCAGCAGUCUUAGCUUUCCACUUUUACCGGAGAUCAACGGCAAUCUAUUGAUCACAAACAACAGCCGCCUAGGAGCGAUCUCGUUUCCUAAGCUCCAGACGGUUAGCGGAAGCCUCAAUUUGACAGGGGAAUUUUCAAGAGCUGAUUUCCCCGUGAUCACCAAUAUCCAAGGGGAUACCAUCAUCGAAACCACCAUCAACAAUAGCACUAUCUGUGGACAGUUCAACAGCACCGGCACGGUGACCUGUAACUUUGGCACAGAACCUCCACAGGAUGUCACGAUCGAUACAUCUACUAACAGCACAAGCACUAACUCAGGUGGUGGCAACACAAACGACACAUCUUCGAAUGAUAGUGGCGGAAACUCCAGCACUUCCAGCGGCGGCAUCUCUGGAGCCGCCAUUGGGGGUAUCGUUGCUGGAGUCAUCGUCUUAGUGCUCGCUGCCGGAGGGUUUUGGUGGUGGCGACGAAGGAAGAACCAAAACUCCGGCCGUCCGGAAAAGCUCGAAGACUCGACACCGGAACUUCCAAUGGGCGGACAUCAUGAGAAACCUGAGCUUCAAGGGUCAGAACGCUUUCGACAUCAAGACCCUUCGAUGUAUGAGUUGAAGGACAAUCCGAUGCGGAAAGGCCCUACCUACGGACGGGCAGAGCUCGGGUGGGACAAUCAAAUCGCAGAAAUGGAGGGCAGUAGUGUCCCUGAGAUGAGCAGCGACGGUCGACGAUAA